CACCCACAUGUGUUAGGCCUUCCCCUUGAACACCUCCAAAUCCUUAUAUAUAGUUCUGUUUGUUCAUCCAAUUUUAUCAUAACUUUGCUUUAUUGCAUGUGCUUGAACUCUCUGCUAGAGAAAAACACACACACACAGAAAAAUCACUGAAAAGCUCAGAGAAAGAUAUGGCAGGUCAAGAGUUUGCUACUGAGAACUUCAAUCCAAAUGAUACCAAGGGAAAGACCAUUACUUGCAGAGCUGCUGUGGCAUAUGGUCCUGGAGAACCCUUUGUGGUGGAACGUGUUCUUGUUCAUCCUCCUCAGAAAAUGGAGGUUCGAAUCAAGAUCCUCUUCACUUCAAUCUGUCAUACUGAUCUCAGUGCUUGGCAAGGCGAGAAUGAGGCUGCUCGUGUUUAUCCUCGGAUUUUCGGCCAUGAAGCUUCUGGGAUUGUGGAGAGUGUGGGAGAAGGUGUGAGUGAGAUGAAAGAAGGGGAUUUGGUGGUGCCAAUUUUCAAUGGGGAAUGUGGGGAUUGCAAAUAUUGCAAGAGUGAGAAGACGAACAAGUGUGAGAGAUUUGGGGUGGAUAUUAUGAAGAAGGUGAUGGAUUGUGAUGGUGGAACAAGGUUUUCUACAAUGGAUAGAAAACCCAUCUUCCAUUUCUUGAACACUUCAACUUUCACAGAGUACACAGUGCUGGAUUCAGCAUGCGUCGUCAAGAUUGACCAUAAUGGCCAUGGAAACUUCAACCCCUUCAUCAAAACACUCACCUUGCUUAGUUGUGGUGUGUCUACAGGUGUUGGAGCUGCUUGGAACACCGCGAAUGUGCAUUCUGGUUCAACUGUAGCUGUCUUUGGUUUAGGCGCUGUGGGUCUUGCUGUUGCAGAAGGUGCACGAGCCAGAGGUGCGUCCAAAAUAAUAGGAGUCGAUAUCAACUCUGACAAAUUCAUCAAAGGCCGUGCAAUGGGCAUCACUCACUUCAUAAAUCCAAGAGAUGAUGAGAAGCCAGUAUAUGAGAGGAUUAGAGAGAUGAGUGAUGGGGGCGUGCACUAUAGUUUUGAAUGUGCUGGAAAUUUGAACGUUCUAAGGGAUGCCUUCUUGUCAGCUCAUGAGGGUUGGGGAUUGACUGUGGUAUUAGGGGUUCAUACAUCACCGAAACUGCUUCCAAUCCACCCAAUGGAUUUGCUCGAGGGUCGUAGAAUUGUAGGAUCGGUUUUUGGAGGCUUCAAAGGGAAGACUCAAUUACCACAUUUUGCCAAAGAAUGCAUGGAUGGAGUGGUGAAGUUAGAUGGUUUUAUCACUCAUGAGCUUCCACUGGAGGAGAUAAACCAGGCCUUUGAUCUUUUGAUUGCUGGAAAGUCUCUAAGAUGUCUUCUACGCUUCUAAAUAUUCUGUUCACCAUUUCUUUAAAAUCAAGAGUGUUUUAGACGUCAUAAAAUCAUAUCCCAGAGCAUAAUUUGAAAGCCAAAAUAAGCUCUAUUAAAUACCCCUUUUCUCGUUGGUGUGUUGAAAAAAUUAAUUUCAUUUGUAUUCCCCCUUUAAUGUAUUCUUAAAACAGUUUAUAUUCACAAUAACGUAUCUUGCAUUCUAUAUAA